UUCUGUGUAAUGCCUAAGAUUAACUCCUCCUUAAAUGCAAAACUACAAGCCAGAAUCUCGGAUCAGAAGCUACAUACAGAGAGAAGUGCAGGUAACAAGUGGCAGAUGAACAGCGCUUGGUUCACCAAAGCUGUACAAUGUGGGAGUCCUAACAACACAGGAGCCUUGAGCAACAAACAGCAGUAAAGAUCAGGAACAGGCUACCAGAAGACAACCUUUCCAGGCCAUUUGUCAUCAUUUUCAAGUGCAAUCGCAAUAAUUAAGUCUUGGAAAGCUACAGGUCAAUUACAAAAUGUCCAUCAAAGCUCCCAUCUAUCUUAAGAUUGGGAUGAAUAAAAAAGACAAGAAGCACAAACUGCGGGAAGUUCUAUCAGCUGACAUGAUCAGCCCACCUCUCGGUGACUUUCACCACAAAUCGCACAUUGGGAAUAGGGGAGAGAGUGACAUGUUUGGGGAUAUCUCCUUCCUGGGGAGCCAAGGUGACCUGUCAACCUUGAGUACACUGAGAGAUCUAAAAGGCACAGCACCUCCCAAACCCCCGCGACUCCAUCUGAGCGAGUCUGACGACACAAUUGCUGCAUCUUUUAAUCCUAUGCAGACAAUCUCCAUGUUUCCAGAUAAACAACCACCAACUCUUCAUUCAUCCUCCUUCCAACACUACAUGCUGGAGGUCUCCGAGGAUGCCUUACCACAUGACAAGCAGACAGUCGAUGAAGACCCGCAACAAACUGAAGGCGUAGGUGGCCAGCAGUGCUCAGCCGAGAGAACCAUGGACCAAUCUCAGUCAAACUUAUCUGAAUCUAUUUUCUCAUUUAAGCUGGAUUUGGGACCUUCGAUACUGGAAGAUAUCCUCAAAAUAAUGGAUAAUCACAAAUCUGCAACUUCACAGCAGUAAAACUUUAUUAAUUGCUUGGUGUUAUGGUAUUGAAUUAAACGACUUUGGAUAAUGCGCACAAUAUCAUCAAGUUGCCUUAGCAACCAACAUGUACUCUAAUGACUAAGGAGAACAAAGCAUUCAAUAAUGAAUAAACAGUGCAGGAAUUUUUAAUUAAAUCUACAGAUACGAUUGACUUCUGAGGAUGGAACGCUACACAAGAUUGAUCUGCAUUGAGAUUUACAAAAGCUGGAGUUUUUUGAGAACAUUUUGAUUAAAUAUUUGUUGCUAUGUUGUUUUCUAUUCCCAGCUGUAAGGUACUCGGGUCACAUUGCUGAACCUCUGGGGAUAAUCACGAGGAAGUUCAAGACUUUAGAGAUAGAAAGGGGAUAGUGUUGUCCUUCAAAUUUCCUCACCUUCCACCCUAGCAGCAUGGCAACAUAGAAACAAUAGCAAAACAUUUAAAUUACAUUAUUCUCUUAAUCUGCUACAUGUUGUCUAGUCAAUGCAAUGGUUUAAAUCCACAGUUUCACUCAAAGACUAAAAAUUGUUAGAAAAGCAGGCAUGCCAAAUUGGGGCAGUGUGCAUAUCACUUCAAGAAGUUAAAUGCAAGCGUGGAAUAAGGACAAGUGCAGAGAAAACUUUAAUUUCUAUGAUGUAAAUUAAUUGCUUGCUGAAAUAACUUGAUGUCAACAUACCUGAUUACACUGAAUUUCUCCAUUCCCAAAUUAUAGAUUACAGCUAGGUGCUGUGUGCAUAAUCUUUUCUCCAAGCCCACAUUUAUAGCAAAAAAAAAAUAUUCAUACACCCUUUCCAACUUGGUUUCAUUGAAUGAGAGCAAUCUCAAUUACACUGUGAGGGUGAGGUGCUUCUGUUUAUUGUGCUCUUCUUGGACUAGUAGAUGCAGUUACAGAUUAAACUAUCCUACAAUUAAUGGCAUAAGGUGCUUUAGUUCAAACUAGAGGUGGCACCCAAUACUAGGUGCUAGUAUUGCUGCAUGAUGGCUCCAGAAACCCAGAUUCAAUCCUGACCAUGGAUGUUGGCUGUGUGGAGUUUCUUCCUGUGUUUUUAUGGGGUUCUGACAUGUGCUAAUAGGUUAAUUGCCUACUGUAAUUUACCUAUUAACAUAGGUAGUGGCAAAAGAAGAGUUGAUGGGCUGAUGAGAGAGAAUGCGUUGCAGUGCCACAGGGACAUGCUUGGUGGGAGAGAGGGGCAAAUGAGACUGCUGGAAGCUGGCAGAAACCCAUGUCAUAAUAAGUAAAUGUUAACUUACCCUGCUGUGAAAUUUUACUACAGAAAUAUUCCAAAGAUUCAAAACCUGCAGUUGAAAAUAAAACUCGUCUAUGCCAUGUU